AUGAUUGCGAUCGCGAAUACACCACACACCAAUGGAUUGAAGGUGUUGUCGACACUGAAGGAGGAUGCCGCGAUUGUCGUGGUGACGGUCUGGGAGUGGGAGAGGUCCGUUACCGUAACGAAGAAGGUCACAUUGACGGGCAGAGGUGACCAGCUGAAUGUGCUGAGGAACCCGAAGGAAUCGAGGUCUAAAGCAACUUUGGGAAGGAAACUGUUGCUACUCGAAGGAGGCUGA